ACCGAAUACACUAUCAUAUUCUACGCUGCAGGCAGGUCAAAAUGCCUCCAUCCGUGCAGACUACAAAACUAAUCUCCUCCCUCCGCCUCCUAGUCCCACGCCUCCGCCUCCUCCAAAAAAAAGACACCGCGUUCUCAAAAGUCCAGCGCCGCGAACUCGCCCAACUCCUCGAAGAAGGCCGCGACGCCUCCGCGCGCAUCCGCGUCGAAAAUGUCAUUUCCACAGAUACAGCCGUCGAGGUGAUGGAGAUAGUGGAGCUUUAUUGUGAGUUGUUGCUGGCGAGGGCGAAUGUGUUGGAUCAGGUUGCGUUUGGGGAGAAGGGGGUUAGGGCGAGGAGUCGGGCGAGGGAGGAGAAGGUUAGGAGUGAGGUUGGGAAGAGGCAGGGUGCUGAUGCUGGAUCUGCGGCGAAGGAUACCAAAAGCAGUGGUUCGAAUUCGAGAGGUCUUUUUGGGUUCCCGUUUUUCGGUGGUGGGCAGCAGAAACAGAAAUCUGAGGAUGCGCAGCCCAGCUCAGAAUUUACCAAAGAUGAAGACCUCAGCCCGGAGGAGCUGUGUUAUAUUGACCCCGCCAUCGACGAAGCCGCCGCAGUCGUCUUCUACGCCUGGCCUCGCUUCCCGCACGAUGUUCGCGAACUAAACAUCGUCCGGACCAUGCUCGCAGACCGCUACGGGAAGGACUUUAUGGCGCUAGCGCAGGAGAAUAAAGUCGAGCACGUGAAAGUACCGGAACGAGUCGCGAAGAGUCUACGGGUGCGGCCGCCGACACAGGACUUGGUCGAGUUAUAUCUAAAGGAGAUUGCAAAGGCGUAUGGCAUUUCAUGGGGUGAAGAGCAGCAACAGGAGGAUUUGGGAAACGCACCUGAAUUCGUGGAUGAUCGGCCAUCAACACCACACGACCAACAAUCAGACGGAGAAAACGGAGACAACCCCGAAGAAAAAACAAGACGCGCCUCCGAUACCAACGAACUGAACAAAGCUACCCCGCCGCGACGACCCGUCCAGUCUGGUAAAAGUCCCGUCAGUGUUGCGCCUCCGGGUCCGAGGACUGAUAACCUCAAUCCCCGUGUCAAGGUGCCAGAUCCUUCAUCCUCGGGGGAUUCUAACAAUACGGCGAGCAAGAGUACACCAGACACUAGCAGUGCGGACAAUGACCCCAAUCGUAUACCGGAGGUGGAUGAGUUGAGUCGUCGGUUUGCGGAGUUGAGGCGAAAACCCUAGAUGCGAGCACGAACAUGAGAUAAAUAUCUAGCAUUAGCAUCUAUUUUAAUACCCUGAUGAUUGAGCAUUGGAAUAAAUGGUAUUGUACUAAGUGCAUCCCAACCAAACUGAUCAAGAUACACUGCCUCUAUACUCUUCCUGUCUGUCAUAUCAUGCAUAAUAAACAAAGCAACAAAAGAAAAGCAACAGCAAAUAUAUGCAACAUGAGAAAG